AUGCACAAACUGCAGCGCGGGGCUGCAGGGGCCCCCAGUGGGGCCCCCACACCUGCUGCUGCGGCUGCUGCUCGAGUACCCGCAGCAGCUGCCCCGGAGACUCGCGAAAGAUCGGCAGCAAAACGGAAUGUGUGUCUUCGACGCCCACUCCAGCAGCAGAAGCAGCAGCUCAGCAGCAGCAGCAGCAGCAGCAGCAGCAGAUCUAGCAGCCUAGCAUCUGCAGUAGCCGCUGCUGCUGCUGCUGCAGCAGCGGGACUUCAGUGGCACCUGGCAGGAAGGGCUGUGGCGCCCAUUAAUGCAUGCGAGACUGCAGCAACAGCAGCAGCAGCAGCAGCAGCAGCAACGGAAGCCGAACCAGCAGCAGCAGCAGCAGCAGAAGCAAGGACCAGUGGCUCUUGCUGCUGUCUGAAGGAGCCUGCAGUGGGCCCUCUUAGGGCCCCUUUUGCUGCAGCUGCAAACAAUGGCGACCGAGGAAAGCAGCAGCAGCAGCAGCAACACCAGCAGCAACAGCAGCAGCAGCAAGAGCAUCAGCAGCAGCAGCAAACGAGAAGCCACGGCCAUGCCUCAGGCUGCUGCAGAGCUGCCUGCUGCUGCGGGGGCCCCAACAACAGGGGGCCCCCCUGUGGGGCCCCCGGGCUGCUGGGUUUGAAUGACAAGCUGCUGCUGCUGCUGCUGCAGUGGCUGCCGCUGCGGGAGCAGCACCAGCUGCUGCUGCUGUGCCGCGGGGUGUACAGACAGCUCUGCACUGCCCCCUUCAUCCGCAGCCUUUGCUGCCCCCCAGGCAGCAGCUUCCGGCUGCUGGUGGCGCCCCACAAGCACCACCCGCUGCUGCAGCAGCAGCAGCAGCUGCAGCAGCAGCAGCAGCAGCACCUGCAGCAGCUCAAGACCCAACUCGAGCAGCAGUACCCGCUGCCCCAGCAGCAGCACCCCACCCUCUCGCAGCAGCAACACGAAGCGAACCUGCAGCAGCAGCAGCAGCAGCAGCAGCAAGUUCAGCAGCAGCAGCAGCAAGUGCAGCAGCAGCAGCAGCAGGACGACAGACUGCUCUGCAAGCGAAUUCUGAGUGAGAAGCAUCAGCAGGAAGACACGAGCAGCAAAAAGAAGAGGGACGACACUGCUGCUGCUGCUGCUGCUGUUGCUGCUGCUGCUGCCUCUAAGCCUUGUGCGUCACCUUCUGAAGAGCCAGGAGUGGCAGCAGCCUGUGAGGGCAGCAGCAGCAGCAGCAGCAGCAGCUGCAGCAGCAGCAGCAGCAUCCGUUUCGCUGCAGUUGCAGCAGCAAACGGGACGACUGCUGCUGGCGCUGCAGCAGAGGCCGCACAGAAGCAGCAGCAGCACGGCGGCCCGCAGCAGCGGCUGCUGCAGCAGCACGACCCUCCCCCCGCGCAGCAGCAGCAGCAACAGCAGCAGCAGCAGCAGGAGGACGUGGCGGUUGAGGUGUACGUACAGCAGUGCCCGCUGCUGUCUCGCUUUCUUAAGUGCUGCUCUGUAGACAUUUCUGUUGCUUCUCAUCUGCAGCCAACGCCUUUGCUGCUGCUGCUGCUGCUGUGCUGCGCAAAGUCGCUGCGGAGGCUUUGUGUCAGUGGCUUCGACGAGGGCAGCUUCAGGUUCCGCAGAAGGCUGCAGCAGCAGCAGCAGCAGCAGCAGCAGCAGCAGCAGCAGCAGCAGCAGCAGCAGGGGGCGGCAGCGGGCGCUGCUGCCGGCGCUGCAGCCCCCACAGGGAGUGCGCCCAACAGCAGCAGCAGCAGCAACGGCAGCUGCAGCAGCAGCAGCAACGGCACCUGCAGCAGCAGCAGCAACGGCACCUGCAGCAGCAGCAGCAGCAGCAGCAGCAGCAGCAGCGCUGCAUGCGACGCUGCAGCAAGCUUGCCUGCGCACUGGCGGUCCACGCGGCUGUGGAUCCCAGCAGCAGCAAUGGAGGCGCUGCUGCUGCGCUGCAGCAGCAAACUGCAGCAGCUGCUGCUGGACCUUUCGCUGCGCAGGGGCUUUGGAGUUUCUCCUUUUACUCAAAUUAAUUUAAACUUCAAAUUUGCUGCUCUCAAGGAAAUGCAGCUCGUCAACAUCACCCGAGACAACUUCAGGUGUGGGGAGUGCAGCUUUCCCAACUUGGAAGUGCUGCGGCUGCACUGGGCCGACGUUUGCCCCACGCAGCACAAACUCGGGCUGCUGCUGCGGGGCUGCACCGCUCUGCGGUCUUUGUCUGUUCACGCGGACUGCGACGACGACGAAGCACUGGUGCAGACCACUGGUCUAUUUGCUGCUGCACUGCAGCAGCUGCUGCAGCACGAGCCGCAGCAGCAGCAGCAGCAGCAGCAAGUCACGGAGGCGGGGCCGCCUAUCGGCUUGAUGACCGACGCCGCAGCAGAAGCAGCAGCAGUUGCUGCUGCUGCUGCUGCGGAGGAACGGGGGAUCUGUCCGCUCCCGCUGCUGCAGCAGCUGCAGCUGCCGCUGCUGGCAGCAGCAACAGUCCCGCUGCUGCGUGCUGCAGCACCAAAUCUGCAGCUGCUGCGGCUGGUGCAUGCAGAAAGUCACAGGACAAGUCGGGGUUUGCUGCCGCUGCAGCUUGCAGCGCAGCAGCUGCAGCAGCUGCAGCAAAUUGUGUUCCCUACUCCUGUUGACUUCGCUUUGGUGGGAACGCUACCCAGAGGGCCUGCUGCUGCUGCUGCUGCUGCUGCUGCUGCUGACGAGAGCCCUGGUGCUGCGCUGCACACUGCAGCAGCACAAGCAGCAGCAGCAACAGCAGCAGCUGCAGCAGGCACUGCAGCAGAAGGAGUCUUGCUCUUGCAAGGCCCCCCCUCGGACUUCUUUAUCCGCUGCAGAUAA